AUGGAAGAAGAAACUGGUUUUUAUGUUGGUUAUGAUUUCCACCCUUGUUAUGAAAUUAACAACGUCUCUAAGAUAAUGAGAAGGACUUCUUCUACUAUAUGUACUUUGCUCUACAUUUUCCUUGGCUUACUGUCUGCUAUUACAGUGUGUGGAAACCUUCUUGUAAUAAUCUCCAUCAUUUACUUUAAGCAGCUCCACACCCCGUCUAACUACCUGAUCGUCUCUCUGGCUGUGGCCGAUCUACUUGUUGGGAUCGCAGUCUUUCCUCUGAGCAUGUCUUUCUCUCUCAGCUACUGUCUGUAUUACAGAGACUUAUUCUGCAAAAUACGAGACAGUGUCGAUGUCAUACUGAGCACGACCUCUAUUUUUAAUUUGUGCUGUAUUUCUGUGGACCGGUACUAUGCAGUGUGUCAGCCUCUGACAUACAAAUCUAAGAUAAACACUGGUAUUGUUCUGGUUAUGAUCUUCAUGAGCUGGGGCGUUUCCUUACUUGUUGCGAUCGGUUUUAUUGUUGCAGAGGUAAAUCAGGAAAAAUGCCAAGAAAAUUGCUUCUCUGAUGUUGUGCUUGAAAAGGUUUUAGCCCCAGUUUUCUCAUUCUAUCUCCCAGUGACCAUAAUGCUGUGUAUAUACCUCAAGAUAUUUCUUGUUGCACAAAGACAGGCUCGCAGCAUCCAGAAUGCAGUAAAGCCUGGUGCAACUGUGAGCAACAUGGAAAGAAAGGCAACCAAAACUCUGGCCAUUGUUCUAGGAGUUUUUCUGAUGUGCUGGCUGCCUUUCUUUCUCUGUUUUUCCUUCCAGUUGUUGGGUGGUGUGUCAGUGAUGGUGUAUGAAACUCUUAACUGGCUCACGCUGUCCAACUCAAUGCUCAAUCCAUUCAUCUAUGCGUUCUUUUACAGCUGGUUCAGGUCAGCUUUCAGAAUCAUAAUGUCAGGAAAAAUAUUUCAGGGAGACUUAACAGACACCAAGCUCCUUUGA